GGGCGGAAGGAUUCACCAGGGGGUGGGGCCGGAAGUCGAUACUGUUGCUAUUGCGGGGCAACGCAGGAAGCGUCCCUGGAAGCAGGACUGAUAGUGAGGAGAGCAAGUCCUGCACACAGGCUUCCGUUUCUCAGCCUACAAAAUGUUGCCUAUGCCUACUGGCCGAAUGGGGGAUCAGUUGAUCCUAGAGGAAGAUCAUGAUGAAAACUACAUACCUCAAGAGCAUGAAAUUCAAGAAUAUGCAAGAAUGAUUGGGAUCAAUCCAGACACAGAACCCGAGCUUAUGUGGUUGGCUCGGGAGGGAAUUGUUGCACCCUUGCCAACAGACUGGAAGCCUUGCCAGGAUGUUACAGGUGACAUCUAUUAUUUCAACUUUGCAACUGGCCAGUCCACAUGGGACCAUCCCAUAGAUGAGAAUUAUAGAGAGCUUGUUGCACAGGAACGAGACAAGCUUCAGGGUCAAGGUGGAGGAAAGAAGAAAGAGAAAAAGAAAAAAAAAGAAAAGAAAAAAGAUAAGAAAUCAAAGGAUAUUCCCAAGCCUGUAUUGUCUCUUGGAUCUCCACUUGGACCUGUGCAAGGACCAAUGGGAGGACUAGCUCCUCUUCGGGCAAUGGGUGAUUCGCUUGGAAGCUCUGGAGGAAUGCGAGGAUCGCAGGGUAGCAGUAUAGGAAGCUCUGGCGGAUUUGACAAUCUUUUAGGUGGAACAUCUGGUAAAACAACAUCAUACCUCAAGACAACCACAGCAAGACUCUCAGAGGAAAGAGCAAGUCUUACUCUACCUGGUUUGGCAGAGGAAGAUGAAAAUGGUGACCAAGAAAGUGAAGAUCAGAGCCCACGGGGGUCCGCUCGCCUUCUUAAAAACCUGCAUAUGGACAUCGGAUCUCUGGGAGGUGGCUUUGAAUAUGAGGACUCUGAGCCUAGCGAAGGCAAAAAAGAUGUUCUUAAACUUAACAGUGGAAGUGGAAACAUGAAUUUUAAAUUAGGUGUACAAUCCUUAGAAAAAGUUCAUGACGUUGGUUCUCUAUCCCCUGCACCUGCUAGCCCAAAGGAAGCAGACGAAGAAGAGGUAGAUGAAGACGUAGAGGAGGAAAUUGGUGAUGAUGACUAUAUGGAACCCCUUAACGGACCGCUGGAUAAGAUUCAGAGGCAAAUUCACCCAGACACAAAGCAAUCAAGUGCUACUGUAGAACUGGUAUCUGCAAAAGAACCGUCAGUAGAACUAUUUAGAAAUGGCAGUGAAUCCUCACAAAAUUCAGAGAAUGAAUCUAGGAAGAUAUCUGAAACCCCAAAGCAUACUGGACAGCUACCAAAACUUGUGGGUGAACUUCCCAAAGCUUCAGCUAGCAACUCCAAAAUGAUUGUUGAGCAAGAGAAAAGUGCUUUAGAAGAAGAGCAUAAAAGGAAUCUAGAAAAUCUGAGUGAAAUGUUUAGCAAAGAGGAAGAAGCGAGGAAACGUACACUGCAAGAGCUCCAUAACACUAACAUCAGAGCAUUGGAAGAAACGCUGCAGAAAGAGUCCAAAGAGGAAGAAGCCAGGAUGAGGGAGGCACAGAAACAGAGACUUCUCAAAUUGGAAAAUGUACUUGUUAAAGAGACAGAAGAAGAGGCGCAGAAAAUUCGGAAACAAGAGUUGACAACUAGAGAAGAACACAGACAGACAUUAGUAAAAUUGGAGGAAGAACUUUUGCAGGAAAGAAAUGUCUUCUCUGAAAAAUUUAAACUAGAAACAGAAAAUCUAUUACAGCAAGAGAAAACGACUAUCUUGCGUGAAAGAGAAAUAGCACUUAAAGAGCUGAGUACUAGGCUCGAACAGGAAACUAGAAUGGCCCUUGAGUUAUUGGAGAAUAACAAUGCGCUGGAACUAGAGAAACUCAAAGCGGCAGCUACAGAGAAGCAUCAGAAGGAAAUGUCUGAUCUGCAGCAUGCCAGACCUUCAGUGCAGCUGACCGAAGUUUCCCAAGCUCCAAGUAAUUUACACCUUGCUGAUAAAAAAAUGUCUCAUGUCUUGGACUUUGAAAAAGAGAUGAGUGAUCUCCUGCAGGAAAAACGUAAUGAGGUACAGAGAGAACAUGAAAGGAAAUUAGAGCGUAUGAAGGAAGAACACAGGCAAGAAAUGGAAAAAGUGCGGAAGCAAUUUGAAGAGGAGGAACAGACCAGGAGAUCACAGAUGCUGGAAACAUUACAAGAUGAAUUAGGAAAGUUUGGGAGCCAGCAUGAAAAGGAGCUUGAAAUCCAACGAAAGGAGCAUGAAAAACGUCAGGAGGAAAGGCAGCAUAGCUACAGGGAAAAGGAAAAAAUUAUGGAAGAUUUGGAACAAAAUCAAGAAAUUAGAAGAAAACAACUUAUGGUAAAGAGAAGUCAACUACACCAGGAGGAAGAAACAUUAAGAAAAAGAAAGGAAGAACUUUCAGAGAAAGAAAAGGAACUAGAAAGAAUGGUAGAGAAUGCCAAUUUGCGGGAGAGUGCAGUAAAAGAACAAAGGCGCUUAAAUGAUUUAAUAAAGCAAACACGCAGAGAAUUAGAGGUGAUGCAGGACCGCAAAUCUGAGCUGGAAACUAAAGUGGAGCAACUCCAGAGCCUCUACACUCGCCUCCAGGAGACAGCAAGUGACUUGGAAGGUGAAAUAAAAAGCCAGCAUGAAAAACUAAGAGAUUUAAAUAAAGAAGAAUUGAUGAACAAAAUGGAUUCAGAACUUCACCUUGAGGAUCUCACGAAGGCGAACAGCCCAAAUCAUACCUCUAACAUUCCUUAUCAUACAGACAUUCCGAAACCAACUCUGUUUUCUACACCAAUCCCAAAAACACCCUCUGCCGUGGAUGACUUGCGUUAUUACCUUUCCUCCCAUGGAGCAUCUAUAGAUAAGGCUAAAGAUAUUUUACGGCUCCAAACCCAUUCUAUGUGCCGACGGCAGACUUUGCUUAAGGCAGCUAAACAACAGUGGCGUCACAACAUGCAUGAGACUCCAGAUCCAGACCAAGUUCACCAACUAGAAGGCAUCAGAAAGAAUCUAGAGGAGGAGGCUCGCAAUCUAAAAGACAUUCAUGACACAAUGGAAAAAGGGCAAGUUCUGCUGCAGCAGAAGGAACAGUGUCUGCAGGAACUAGAGAACUCUCUUCUAGAGGAGGUGUCUGAAGAGGAGGUCCUAAAAGGCAGAAGAAAUAAAAAGCUUGUGACAUUUGACGUCAGUGACUCUGAUGACACUAGCAGUGUAAUGAGUAUAGACAAGCACAGAUGUGAGAUGUUCGGGACGUCUCAGGACUCUCUUCCAAUGAAAGUGAAGCAUCUUACUCAGUCAUUGCAUCAUAUCACAGCUGAGCUUAAUAGUGUUUUGUCAUCACUGAAUCCAGCCAUGUCUGAACAUAGGUCAGGGCUUUAUUCAGAGAACAAGCUUUCUUCAACUCCAAGCAUCCCUUUAUCUGCUUAUAUAUCCAUGUCCAAAAUGGACCGUCAAAUGGGCCUCCACCCAGCUUCUCCAUGGGCCUGGAAGGCUCCGGUCCCCUCCAGUGUUUCAGCCUCCUCCUCUGCGACUCAGUCAGUAAAUGCUCUUAUGAUGGAGAAGUGGCAGAAGUAUUUUCCAGGGUGUUCUACUUUUCUCGGUGACCAGUCUGUAAACUCAGAAAAUACAUUUGGAUAUGUUUCUGCAGGGGAACAGCUUAGAGAGAUGCAGAGUGCAUCACUCCAUUCCAAGUACACAGAUAAACACAACAUUCAGGCAAUGAUUGACAACAACAAGAAAUGGCUGCAAAACUUCAAGCAUGACCCCAAAGUGCCACUAGGCUCAUCCAGAUCUUCCACAGGAGCAGGACUUGUACAGCUCGGUCUAGAUGAAAAUAACCAAAUCCGAGUAUACCAGUACUAGUAGAGAACAAAAUUGAUUUGCGUCAUCAGAGCAAUCCACCACAAAGAAGUUUUGGCUACUGUUCACACAAUCCACCCAAUACAUUAAGGAAUCCCAAAAAGGAGUAAGAAGAUAUAAAGCUUUGGUCAAACUUUUGUGCUUGGUGAUUAUGGCCGCCACAUUGGAAAGUGCAAUAAGUGUAAAUAGCUGACGCUUGUAAAGGAUUAUUGGUCUGUACAUAAGAAUCACUAUAUGAUUAACACUGCAUUAAAUUUAAUUGCAAAAAACGACUUCCUACAAUUAAGUGCCUAAGCUAUUGCUAAUAAAUGUCUCUAACAUAACAGCCCAUGAGAAUACAUAUGAUCAUUAUAGGGCUUCAGCAAUCAGUCUUAAUCCUGAUGUCAGACUGAUUGCUGAAGCUCCCUUUACUAAUGUUGUGUGUUCUCAUUGACUUUCGUGGUAAAGAGGAAACUUCAUUCCCCCUCUAAUUUAUUUUUUUCCCUCUUACUCUGUCCACUGGGUUAUCCUCAAAAAUAUACUAACAUGCCCAGUGAAUUCAACAUUCUCUGUUGUAAUCCGCUGCUCCUUCGCCACAUGUUACUAUCUUCUUUGAUGAUGUCAUUAGGAGUCGGCUGUAUACAUCUGGUUCUUGCAGAUGACUUUCUGAUGACACACAGUGGUCCAUGCCCAGUAUGGUAGAUAUUGCCCCAAAGCCUCCUGGAAAUGUGCCACAUUGAUAUCCCAGUGGGCUUCAGGCUGGGGAGGAAACCUCAUUCUCGUCUAGGUGAGAAAGCAGGAAGUACAGGUCUGGGUCCCACAAGAAAAGAUAUUUAAAAAUAAAAAAAUUGUAAUGUUCGCUUAUGUAAUUGGGAAGAGGAGGAAGAUUACAUAAAGUCACUGAAGAGGCUGAAGGGUCACUUUAAAGACAAUAUUUAUCCUUAUUUUUGGCAUAUUAGUUGUAGGAAGUAAUGGUUGCAGUUGGUUUUAGCAGGAUGGUAACAAG